AUGUCUUCCAGCAACAAGUAUCGGGUUGGAGACUUUGUGUACUUCGAAACGAAUGCCACAGCUCCCUACCAAAUCCGGCGACUUGAUGAACUCGUUAUGGUACUCUUGACGUUUCCUGCUUUUCGCCCCUUGCCCUUCUUCAUGGAGGAUAAAAUGGGUUUUCAUUUUCAGACCCCAAAUGGAGUGGAAGCCAAAGUAACAUGCUAUUUUCGACGCCGUGACAUAUCAAAUACUCUCAUCCAACAGGCGGAGAAGUAUUAUUUCCAAGAAACGGAUGAUGCUAAUGGAGAGGCAACACCCCCGCUAUCGGAUCUCUUGCGUCAUCAAGUCAAACAUAGGGAGCUCUUCCACUCCCGCACAAUUGAGUCUCUACCUGCCACACACAUCCGUGGUAUGUUUCUCUUGCACUCCUGUUACGAUGGCGCUUUGUUAUACGCUCUUCGAGCUGAACAUCAGCAUUAG